AUGGCUUUGGCUCCAAGGAACAGUCUGAUAUACCCUUCACUCUUCAUCUUUCUCCUGGUGCCUCUGGCCAGGGGUACCCUUCCUAAGUUUUUUCCUUGCGAUGACACCAAUAAUUCCACAGUGGUAAUCUGCAGCAAAAGAAAGCUAUUUGAAGUCCCUACGAUCAGUUCCAGUAAUGUAACCACUUUGUACCUGGACAGUAACAAUAUCAAGCUGGUGAAAAGACAUGCCUUCAGUGCCCUUCCAGGCCUGCAGAACCUGAGCAUCAUGUGGAAUUGUCUUCCUACGAGGUUGAGGUCUCCUGGGUUGCCGUCUUGUCGCAUGGAGAUUGAGCCAGAAGCCUUUGUGAACUUGAAGUAUCUGGUAUACCUUGGCUUGUCUGGAAAUAGCCUGACGUCAGUCCCCCAACUGCCCCCGAACCUGAAGGUUCUCAGUUUGGCUUACAACAACAUCGUCCACCUCAGCCAUGCAAAUUUCUCUGGGGCCCAAAACCUGGUGAACCUCAACCUGGACAAAAAUUGUUACUACAACAACCCAUGUGGUGACACUUUUGAUUUAAAGGAAGAUGCCUUUAGAGAUCUGCACCAGCUGCAGGUUCUGUCACUCAAGUUUAAUAAUAUUACUGUGGUUCCCCGAGGCCUUCCAGAGUCUUUGGAAGACUUGGAUCUAAGAGAGAACAAGAUCAGCAGAAUCAACAGCAUAGAUUUCGCCAACUUGACCCAACUUAAAAUCCUGAAUCUGGAGUGGAACUGCCAGCGCUGCGACCAUGCUGCCCAGCCCUGCUUCCCUUGUCUCAAUAAUGCUUCCAUCAACCUGGAUCCCAACUCCUUCCGGAACCAGAGGAAUCUAAUCUCCCUAAGCCUGCGCGGAAACUCUCUCAGGACCCUGUCCGACAGUCUCUUUGAACCUCUUGCCAACCUCUCCAACUUGGACCUAUCUGACAACCUGUUAGCAUAUGCCAUCAUGAAUGGUACGUUUUUCAGCUACCUUAAAAAAGUCAAAACCCUCAAUUUAAUAUACAACUAUGAACCAUUGCACGUUUUCUCAACCCUUCAGCUAUCUCCUCAUUUCCAAGACAUGGGUUCCUUGGAAUAUCUCCUCCUCACUGGUUACUUCUUCCUCACUUUGGAGCCCACAGGCCUAAAACCCUUAAUGGCCCUCAGAAACCUUCAAAAACUAGACUUCCGGAUGAACUUUCUAAACGAGGUCAACAUGUCAAUGUUCACCCAGAUUCGUACUCUGAAGCAGGUGGUGCUUUCUGAGAACAUGUUGGCUUUCCCUCCUCGUUGUCCAUCAGUAAUUAAUCAUUCAGUAAAUAUCCCUAAAGAACCAGAACACAAUCUGUUACCAGGCUUUACUAUGUCUGGUUUGCUUGAGCAUCCAAGUCAAGUCAAUGAAGAACACGACUGGGAUACUGAUCUCAUCCCACAGCUAAGGAAUCUCCAGUACAAGUAUUGCAACAACAGACUGUCACUUGAUUUAUCCAAUAACAACAUCAUGUCUAUACAUCAGGAUAUCUUCCAAGGUAUAGAGGAUGUGGUUUGUCUGGAUUUGUCCUCCAACUAUAUCAGCCAACCCCUGAACGGAAGUCAGUUUUUGCCCUUAAAGAAUCUUCGCUUCCUCAACCUGGCACACAACCGGAUAGACCUGUACUAUGAAACUGCUUUUCAAGAGCUCAACAGUACCCUGAUGGCCCUAGAUCUUACCAGCAAUGCUUACCACUUCCACAUGAAGGGAAUGGGUCACCGCUUUACCUUCAUCCACCACCUGAAAUCUCUCAAGUCCCUGAGCUUGGCCCAGAAUGACAUUGGCAUCCGUAUUUCCACCAGGCUGGAGAGUGACUCUCUAAAUUCGCUUUAUUUUGGUGGCAAUCGCCUGGAUUUGAUGUGGGAUGGUCAAAACGAUCGUUAUCUAAGUUUUUUUUUGAACCUCACUAAUCUCACCUUCCUGGACAUCUCCAACAAUCACCUGAGGUCCUUGUCUAAAGAUGCUAUGAACAACCUCCCCAAGACCUUGAAGAUCCUUAAUGUCAACAAUAAUAAGCUCAUUUUUUUCCCCUGGUGGUGCCUUGAAAAUCUGAGCAACCUUAUACACCUUAACCUCAGCCACAACUCCCUUAGUACCAUUCCCAAAGAAUCUAUCACAUUUGGGAGUAAAUUAAGAAUCCUAGAUCUCAGCUACAACAGUAUCAAGAAUCUACCUAAAGCUUUCUUCCAGAGCGCAUCCUCCUUGCAUUUCCUCAACCUCAGUAACAAUGCCCUUAAGUUUCUCUACUCCCAAAGCCUUCCUGCCCAACUUCUACACAACCUCACUGAGCUGGCCAUCCAUGACAACCCCUUUACCUGCAACUGUGAUUCCUCCUGGUUUAUCGACUUUCUCAAGACCACUCAGGUCACGAUUCCCCACCUCACCACCUAUGUCACAUGUGAGUUUCCCGAGUCCCAGCAAGGAAAGGCAGUCCUGUCUAUGGAUCCUCGUUCUUGCCAGGAGAUCCUUGGUAAUCUUGGCUUCCUCUGCACCUCAUUCAUGACCAUCAUCUUCACCACCCUGCCAAUUUUGAAGAAGCUUUAUGGUUGGGACUUUUGGUACUUUAUCCACAUCUUCUGGGUGAGGCUCAAAGGCUACUCCCUGCUUCCCCAGCCAGACAGCCAAUAUGAUGCUUUUGUUGCCUUUGACACUAGUAACAAAGCUGUGGCAGACUGGGUUUAUAAUGAGCUAAGGGUCAGUCUGGAGGACAAGGGGAGAAAGAGGUUCAAGCUUUGUCUGGAGGAGAGGGACUGGCUCGUUGGACUGUCUUGCAUUCAGAACUUGUAUGAUGCGGUUUACAAGAGCAAAAAGACAGUCUUCAUACUGACCAAUGAAGGCUCCAUCAAUGGGACCCUUAGGCAGGCAUUCUUCAUGGCCCAGCAGCGCCUCUUGGAUGAGAAGGUGGAUGUGGUGGUCUUGGUCCUCUUGGAUGAAGUGAUGCAUAAGUCCAAGUACUUGCAGAUGAGGAAAAUGCUCUGCAGGAAGUCUGUCCUCACUUGGCCUCGAAACCCCCACAGCCAGCCUCAUUUCUGGGACAACAUGCGAGUCACCCUAGCCUCCGACAACAACCGCUACUAUGACUCUAAUUUCAGUGAAGGCUUCUAAGCUUUGAAAAAGACACAAGUGCCGCAAACUUUAAUUUCAUCCUGAACACAGG